CCGGACUCCUCCAUCUGACCAAGCAGUGCAGCAUCCAUCUACCCGCCCACCUGGGACGCGCGAAAUGCUACACACUCGCUAAGGGAACGGGCGUCCACGUGCAGGCAAGAGUGCAAGCAUAGAUCUCUUAUCUUAGAGAAAACCAAAACAGCGCACACGUAGAGAGACUAGGAGGAUCUAGUGAUCAGGAACAGGGAACAAUGGGUCGCACACAGCGUCGCCGGCUGCAGAGGGCCAAGAAAUCUGCAGGGGAUUCGGGAUCCUUAAAGGAUCUCUACAUUCAGCUGCACUCCCUCGGCUGGCAGAACCACACUCACUUAUCAGCCCAAAACUUUGACCAAACUGGACGAGGAUUGUGCUCCAAACAGGAUAGCUUUUCCCCGGAGGACGAGCUCAUACGCCUGCCCGUUGGUUGCCUCAUAAGCAUAGCCACUUUGGAAGCGGACCAAGCAUUUAAAAACCUCUUCAACAAGGAGCUAUUCGACAAGGACUCCAGGAUUUCCUUUCAGGCUCUGCUAGCCUGUUAUCUUCUGUACCAAAAACACCUGCAGGAGUGUUCCCUGCACUCCAUUUACUCCGCCUACUUGGACACCCUGCCCAGGAGCUACUCCACUCCCUAUUUCUGCUCCAUACCCGAGCUGCAGUGUCUGCCGGAAUCUCUGCUGGAACGCACUGUGGCCCAGAAUCGCCAGAUUAGAGGCUACUUUGAGAUAAUCAAGAGUCUGAUCCUCAAUUGCGACUGCUGUGGAAGGAACUACGGCCAGGAGAUUUGGUCCCUCGCGGAAUUUAAAUGGGCCUACUUCACUGUAAACACCAGGAGUGUCUAUCUGAGUUCCCGCUUUCUCAAAAAGCAGAGCAGUCACUUUCAAGAUCUAAUCAGUGGCGAUACAAACAUGGCAUUGGCUCCCUUUCUGGACCUCUUCAACCACUCGGAUAGUGUGCAAACCACUGCCCAAAUUGAGGGUCUGGAUUAUGUCCUCACACUAAACUCUCUACCUCUGCAGAAGACCAAACCCUAUGACCAAUUGUUCAUCAGCUAUGGAGCUCUGUCCAACUUUAAGCUACUAACAGAAUAUGGUUUUUGGCUAAAGGGAAACAAAAACGACUACUUUGAGUUCUCCCUGCUGGACAUCGAGCACAUGGUUAAGCACAACAAGGAGCUGGCCACGCAGACCUUCCACCGCAACAUCUUCAAGUUCAUCAGGGAGCACAAUCUGCACGAUCAGAUGUUCGUCCACAUCGACGAUGGCUGCUCCCACAAUUUACGGGUGGUUCUGCACCUGAUCUUCAAGCAGCAGGCCUACUUUCCCAACAUCCUCAACCAGAUUGCCUUCGGUGACGCCGAACAGUUCGAGGAUGUGCAGCCAGAACUCUCUUAUUUGGUGGAAUAUAAAAUAAAGGAGUACCAAAUCUUCGGGGAAGAACUGGAUAAACUUCCCAAACUGACGGAGAGUGGUUCGGUGGCACGAUCUUACCUGCGGGAGUGCAUCCGUUACCUCAGCGACUUUCAAAAGAAGCAUUCAGCGGAAUAGAAGUAAUCUAUUUAAAGGCUUAGCUUUCGAAUCAGUACUUAAAGCAUUUU